AUGACAACAAUAAUGGAAUUAAUUAAUUUUUUUGAUCAUGAUUCAAAAGAAUAUAAAGAAUUUUUACAACACUUAAUAUGUUUUAAUGGAGAUAUACCAUUUAGUAUAGAAGAGGUUGAUAAAGCACAAAGUGCCAUUAUAUCAAUUGUAAAUACUUGUUUAAAUCAAUCACAGUCUCGAUAUAAUGGGUUAUUAAUUUUGGAUAAAAUUUUGCCACAAUGCUCGAAUGAUGUUUUUUCGAAAUAUUGCAUACUAUGGAUAUCAAAAGCUACUCAAGUAUUAGAAAGUGUUCAUAGUAACUCGCAAGAAUUAUCUAUCUCUUGUAAAGUUCUUGGACAUUUGAUCAUUAAGUCGAAAGAUAUUUCAGACAUACAGAAACAAGUAUCUAUGCAAAAUAUAAAACAACUUAUUAACAUAAUUAGUAAUUUGAAUACAGAAAAAAAAUGUGGUCCAAUAUAUUAUUUAAUUGCAGUACUACUACAUCAAUAUCCAGAAGUUUGUGAACGUUUCCAGGUUUCUAUAAAGAAGAUUAUACUGUUGCAAGUAGAUUCUUCUCAAGAAAAUCUAGUUAACUCAAGUGCAAAAUGUUUUACUUUUUUAGUAAAAGCAACAGAACGUUCAUUUAAACCUCCUCCUUUGAAACCAAAUUAUACUAAUACAACAUAUCAUCAUGCACUUAUUUGUAAUAAUUUACAUGUAAUAAUGGAUGAAUUAUUUUCUGAUUUAAUAGAAUUAGAAAAUGUGAGCAUAUGGGAUAAACUGGAAUUACCUAGUAUAUCUCAAGAAAAUAUUGUUCAAUUCUAUUUUACACAAAAACAAAGAUUUUUGAAUUUGUGUACUUAUUUAUCAUUUAUGUUGCGUGGAUUUGAUAAAAAAAAUUCAGUAUUACCCCAUGAAAUUUUGAAGGUUUUAUGUAGAGGACUAGCAAUACAACCAUCAAAUAUACAGAAUCAAAAUUCUGUUAGAGAACAGAUUUUAUAUCUUAUUUUACCAAAACUACACAUUGGUUUAUUUGGUAUUUUGGAUGCGCUAAUAAAUGGAUUUAAAGAACAAUUAAUACCAUUUGGGUCAAUAAUAUUGCAACUGUUUCUUCAAACACUACAAUGGACAGAAAAUGCUUUAGAAAACCAAAUAACAAUUAGUGGAAACAAACCAUUUAGAAAUGUAAGAAUAUCUGCUUAUAAAUGUCUAAACUCUUGGUUAAUGAAUACUAAUUCGUUAUCUGGUAUAGAAACAGUUGCAAAUGAAUAUCUUUCUUCUAUAUUAAAAGAUAUAGUACCAGAGAAAGAUCGUGUUUUACUGACUCUUCAAAAAACACAAAAUUUAUCAAAAAGAGCGUUAAAACGUCUCCGAAAUAGUCAGUAUCAGAAGGGUACGUAUUUGAAUAAUGAAAUUGGUUCUAGUAAAGAACAUUAUCUAGAUACAGAUGUAUGUAAAGUGGCUCUGGAUAUAUUACAAAAUAUAUUUUUUAAUAGUGGGACUCUUCUGAAACAAACAUUUUUUAAGACUGUACAAAAUACUAUAAUACCUUUGUUGUAUGACUGCUAUUUAAGUGCAACUGACCAAAGAUUUUAUAAAAAAUAUCCUGAGUGUCGUUUAUUAUUAUUCAGAGUUUUAAGAGCUUUACAAAUGAAUCCACAUUCUUUAUCACCUUUACCUACGCAAUAUUCUCUAGAAUUAUUUGAAAUGGCUUUGAAUGAUAAUAAUUUACAUAUUAUUCAAGAAGCUAAAGUGGCAUUGGCAGAACUUGAAAAAAUCAUACAUCCUCAUGCUCCAUCAAUUCAACUAACUCAAGUAGAGACUAUACAAAAAGAAUUUAUUACUGACGAACAAGUCGUGCAAGAAAAUAAUACAGUGGAAAAUGUAGUUUCACCCACUGUUGAAAUUGUUGCAAAUGAAGAUGUAGAACCUUUGCCAAGUAAAAAAUUAAAAGUUACAAAUUCUAGCGAAACUGUUGAACCUAGAACACAAAAUAGUACAGAAGAUAAACUUCAUAUUACACGAACGAAUCAAGAUAUAGAAAAAGAGAAUAAUACGAUAAAAAAACAAAUGACAGUCACAAUACAAAAUAAAAAUAUUGAAGUUGAAGUUUGUGACACGCCAAUAAAUGAAACUACUUCAAUACUAGUUGUGACUGAUACAGAAAUUCCGCAAUCAACAUCACCACUGGACAUUAUUAAACAAACUGACACUGAUAUUUGCGUUGAAACAAUAGAUGCAACAGAAGAUAAUCCUAAUUCAGAUAUCAAUUCUAAAAUAUCUGAUCUAAAUGAACAACAUCUAACACAAGAAAAAGAAAAAGAGGAAGAAGAAAUAUUGCAAUUAUUUCAGGAUAUACCAAAAAAUGGUAAUUAAUUAUAUUCGUUUGGAAUAUUUUAAAUUCAAGAUAAAUGUAUUGUUAUUUUAUACUUUUCAUAUAUCAAAUAUAUGUAAAUAUAUUUUAAUUUCAAAAUAUAAUAUUUCAACAUUAUAUUUGUAAAUUAUAUGUCUAAAUUAUAAGUGAAACAUGCUUCGAGACAUAGACUUUUGUGUCUUAUAUUUUGUAUUUUUCAUUAAAUCAUCAAUUUUUGGGACUUUUGUUUCGUUUUUUAAAACAGUAAAAUUUGGCAUAACAUCUGCAAUUCUAUCUUCAGUUUUAACAGGAUUUGUAACAAUGUUUUUCACUUUUUGAGCUUCAUGUUCCACAAUAUUUAUAGUAUUUUUGAGAAAAUUGCACGUAUUCGAUUUCAAUCGUUCUGCAAGACCCGUCCAUAAUCCUAUUUCACAGUAUCUAAAAUGGUAUAUAAAAAUAUACAACACAAUUUGUAAUUUACUUAUUUAAUCAUUACACAUUAUCAGGAAUUAAAUUACCUGAAUUGUUCCAUUAUACGAGGAGUUGAUGUAAUACUAAUAAAUGGAUUGGUUUUGCUAGAAAAUUUUGGAAGUAGAUUUGAGAAUAAACUAUCACCUUGAGAUGAAACUGUUAUAUUAGGUGUUCCGCUUCUAGCAAAUUCGGCUAUCAAAUUCGUAAAUACAUUUUCCACUCGUUCAUUUUCCUCAUUUGAUUCUUCAUCACAUUGUACUGAUUCCCCGGUAAUAGUAUUUUCCUUAAAAAUAUAUCCAAGAUCAUCACCGUGACUUGGUAUAUCUGCAAAUAUAAUUAAAAACAUUAAUAAUUAAAAGAUAUAAUUAAAAAAUUAUUUUAGAUGCAUACCAUCUGCAUGUCUCGCUUUAACUAUAGGCAAUCCUGCUAAAAAAUUGUUAUUGCAAUUUCGUUUUCUUUUAUGAUCGAAACUGUAUAGAAAAGCCUCGCUUUUUUUAGCCCAAUAAUUAACUGUAAGGAAAGCGGGGACGUUAUAUAAAGUAUCUCCCAUAGCUUCUGCUAUUUUAGCGAUUUGAGCAGAAUUAUUUCCUGUGUUAAAGACAUUGAAAUAUCUGCUAAAAGAUUCUGUUAUAGAAUGCGAUUUAUUUCCAAAAUUCGAGAUAGUAUUUUGUAGAGUUGGUAUAAGAUAUUUAUUUAAGAAAUCUGGAACGGUACGUAAUUUAUUUUCAAUUUCGGUUUUAUAAUCUCCAAAAAUUGCCCCUCCUACUUCGUUAUUCAUAACUCCCAUCAAUAAUGGUAUAGAUGGAAAAUCUUCGAAUUGUAAAAAAUUCUCUGGUGUGUUGGUAAUCAAAUUAGGAAGAAAUCUAAAAAAUAUCAUGUUAUAAUUGUUGGAUUGCAAACUUAUAUAUAUUUAUGUAAUAUUUAAAGGUUUACUAA